GAAGAGAACAAAGUAUCUGAAAUGAAGGAACAAUAAUGAAAUGUUGCCGUAAAGUUUAGUGAAGCCUUCACUGUUGAAAUGGGUCAGUUCUACCAGAUGUGCUGGCAAAUCAUCCCAACCAUGUUUGUGCUGAUGGAUAUCCUUCAGAUGGCAGCUGCCCAUUGCAUGGUCCAUCCAGUUCCUCCCAGGAAUUUCACACUGCCCUGUGUGCUGCUGAAUGAGACGUUUUUGAGCCCUUUCUCAGCUGGGGGCUGGUCUGGUUUGAGGAGACAACUUGGAGCAUCCAAAAUCAAGCCUUUAAUGAAUGAAGAAAAUUUUCUGUGUUGCCUUUGGAGUGCCAGCAACAUUGAUUGUUCUUUGUACAAAGCAAGCAUGCAGGCAAGGAAGUUUAUUCCUUCAGAAAUAAAUCUCUCUGCUCCUCAGCAAAUAGAUUGGAGCUGGAACAUGGAAUGCUGGAUUAGAGGCAAGCUGGACCUGUUGGUUUGUAACCUGCAGCUUUUGAAGCUGGACCUGAGAGCUGACCUGAAGGUGAAUCUUUUAUACUCUGGAUCAGAGCUGUCCCUGGCAGCUGCAUCCACCAGCUCUCUGCAGGGGACAGUGCGGGUGGCUCCGUGUGACUGCGGGGACCGGGCCACCUGUGAGUGCCUGGUGGCCUUCCCGAGCCUCAACCACACCUACCUGCUGUGGCUGGAGAUGGUGGCAGGUGUCACAGCCCUGGGCUCCCCGCUGCUGGCCCUGCAGCCCACGGACAUUGUGAGGCCUGAAGCCCCCGGGAAGCUGCACCUGGAGCUGGCUGAGAGGGGCCAGGUGAAGCUCUGCUGGUCCAGCCCUGCCCUGCUGCCCUUCCCUCUGCAGCACCAAGUGAGGAUCUCUGCUCCUCCAGGACACGGCCACAGCCAGAUGCUUCAGGUCGCUCUGGAAAGCUCAGUGGCCAUAGACAAUGCCCUGCUGGACUCUCCAUCCUCAGUGCAAGUGAGGAGCAGGAAUCUCCGUGGUCCAGGCUUCUGGAGUGACUGGAGCUCGCCCUACAACCUCACCUUGGCAGCUCAAGUCCUGUACUUCCCUCCCAAGACCCUGACCAGUGCUGGCUCCAACAUUUCAUUUCUGUGCAUCUACAAAAACAGAAGCCAGCCCGUGGAGGCCCGGGAGGUGGUUUGGUGGCUGAAUUUAGCAGAAGAAAUCCCAGCCAGCCAAUAUUCCCUAGUGAGCAAUCGUGUGAGCAAAGUUACUCUUUUCAACCUGAAAGCAACCCAGCCUAGAGGAGGUUUCUUCUAUAACGCCCUGUACUGCUGUCACCAAAGCAGGGAAUGUCACCACAGAUAUGCUGAGGUCUAUGUAGUAGACAUGGAUUUUAAUAUCUCCUGUGAGACUGAUGGAUACUUGACUAAAAUGACUUGCAGGUGGUCUGCAAACCCAACCACCUCGCUCCUGGGGAGUCUGCAGUUAAGAUAUUACAGGAGCCAAAUUUAUUGCUCUGACUUUCCAAGCCCAUCUCCAAACUCAGAGGUGAAAGAAUGCCAUUUGCAGAGGAAUCAUUCCUACGAGUGCACAUUCCAGCCCAUUUUCCUUUUAUCUGGAUAUACCCUGUGGAUAGAGUUUAAACAUUUCCUGGGAACGCUGGAAUCCUCCCCGACCUGUGUCAUUCCAGCAGAUGUGGUGAAGCCUCUCCCCCCUUCCAACGUGGGAGCAGAACUCACCAGGAAUGUGGGGCUGCUGAACGUCAGCUGGACCAAGCCUGUCUUUGCCAACAGGGAUCUGACAUUCCAGAUCCGCUGGAAUUCAGGGAACAGGGAGGAGAUUCCGUGGCAGCUUUAUGAAGUCCCAAACCCUGCAGACAGCUGGGCUGUGAUAAAAGUGGAGCAGCUUUGUGUGGAAUACACGGUGCAGGUGCGGUGCAGGGAAUUGGAUGGAUCUGGAUUCUGGAGUGACUGGAGCAGAGCAGCCCAAACCCUGGUUCAGGACAUCAGAGCUCCCUUGCAAGGCCCGGAAUUUUGGAGGAUCAUUUCUGAGGAUCCAGCAAGGAAGCAGAGGAAUGUUACACUCCUGUGGAAGCCCCUGAUGGAGAAUCACUCGUUGUGCAGCGUGAGCAGAUACAUCAUAAAGCACCAGACCCCAGGGAACACCUGGGAGGAAUUUGUGGAUCAUGGCACCAGCUGGACUUUUCCAUGGAUUGGGCCAACCCACACCAUCACCAUUUUAGCCAUGAAUUCAGUUGGAAUUUCUGCAGUUAAUUCUAAUUUAACUCUGUCCCAGCAGAUGAGCACAGUGGAUGCUGUGCAAUCCCUGAGUGCUUACCUGGUGAACAGCACCUGUGUGGUUGUGGUUUGGAGCCUCUCCCCCCAAAUCCCUGGGAUAAAAUCCUUUGUGAUUGAGUGGAAGAACCUGAACAAAGGGGAGCAGCUGAAAUGGCUGCGAGUUCCUCCAAACCUCAGGAAGUAUUUUAUUUAUGAUCACUUUAUCCUGAUUGAGAAGUACCAGUUCAGCCUCUACCCUGUGUUUGCUGGAGGAGUUGGCAAAGCCAGAGCCACGGAUCAGUUUGCCAAAGGGGGAUUUGAAGCUGGGAAUAGUGGCAGCCUCCACGUGCUCCUGCCAAUUGUUUUUUCCACCUCAGUUUUGCUGCUGGGAGCGUUGCUGCUUUCACACCAAAGGAUGAAGAAGCUGCUCUGGGAGGACGUUCCCAACCCCAAGAACUGCUCGUGGGCACAGGGAAUUAAUUUCCAGCAGCCUGAAACUCUGGAGCAUCUCUUUGCCAAGCACCCUGAGCCGGUGUCGUGUGAGCCGCUUCUCCUGGAGGCACGGGUGGUGCUGGAAGACAUCAGCGUCACCAAAGCCUUGGAAAAAGAAGAUCCAGGGGAUUUUUUGGGAGUUGAUUCCACCUUCCCAAUUCACCAGGAGUCAGAAUGUGACUCUGCAUGCCACUUGCAGAGCAGCAGCUCCUCCAGGAGCUCCCAGGAUGGAGAAAGCACGGCUCAGUGCGACCUCAAAUACGCCACCCUCAUCAGCAAUUCCCGAUCCAGCGGGCUUUGCCGACGGAAAACAACUCCAAGGAGCUGCUUGGAUAGGUGCUCCCUAGGGGAAGAUUCCAUAGUUUUAGGUGCCUUCUCCAGUGGUGCUUGGGAAGUUGGGAAUGGGGCAUUCCUGGUGUUCCCUGGCUCCCAGCCCAGCAGGGCUCUGCCCCCGAUUUCCUCGGAGGGAUUCUCGGAGCCCUCGGACGAAGCUUUCCCAGCCGGCACCGAGCGGAGCCUGUGUUACCUCGGGAUAACAUCCCUGGAAAAAGGACAGAGGGACAUUUUCCAGACAGAAAGCUCUGGGGGGAUGUGUCAGCUCCAAAGCAUGGAUCUGCUCACGGAGCAGGGGCUUUUCCAGCACAUCCCAGCAAAUGUCAAGGAAUUUCUCCAAAGCAGCCUCAGGCCUAAAGCCACCGUUCCCUAUGUUCCACAGUUCCGGGUGGCCACAGCCAAAGGGCAGGAGGCCACGGAGAAAAAGUGACAUAAUCACCCCAAAAUUGGAUAUUCCUGAAGUUUUUCCAGAUGUUGAUGCAUUCCCCUGUUCCCCCUCUCUUGAUUUGUCCAGCUUGUUCUGGUUUUAGGCUUCACCUGGAGCCCCCAAGGGCAAGAGAGCUGAUCCAUGUUUCUGUGGGGGAAAAGCUGGAAUGUGCCA